UAUAUAUACGUGGGGUCUAACUCUAAGCCUCACCCCAAAGAGAAGAAGAAGAAGAAGAAGAAGAAUAACCCAAUUUAAUUCGAAUCCUUCGUUCCGAUUCCGAUGCCUCACCUCAUCCGUGAGAACCUCUUCAUCAGCAACAUCGUCGACGCCGCCGAAAUUCUCCAAACCACCACCACCACCACCGUCCCCCACAACAUCACCCACAUCCUCUCCGUUCUCAGCUCCGCUUCCAUCUCCUUCUUCUCCGAAUGGCGUUCUUCCUUCUCCGUCUCUGUCAAGGAGAUUUCCAAACUCCAUGUCUCCGACGUCCCUACCGCCGCCAAGUCCGCUCUCUCCCCGGAUAAACUUCUCUACUCGCUUGAAUACGCCGGUGAAGAUUUUAAGCUUGUGAGGAUGGCUGUACCGCUGAGAGAUACCGAGAGUGAAAAUUUGUUGGAUUAUCUUCAAGUUUGUGUUGAUUUUAUUGAGAGGAGUAGGAAAGAAGGUUCUGUUUUGGUUCAUUGUUUCGCCGGUGUUUCUAGAAGUGCAGCAGUUAUUACGGCUUAUUUGAUGAAAAGCGAAAAUUUGUCUCUAGAAGAUGCCCUUGCAUCGUUAAAGCAGAGCUGUGAAUUUGUUUGCCCCAAUGAUGGAUUUCUAGAGCAGUUGAAAAUGUUUGAGGAGAUGGGUUUCAAGGUUGAUCAAUCUAGCCUUGUAUACAAGCGCUUUCGUCUAAAAAUACUAGGUGAGAAUCAUUUCUCAGGGUCGAGGAUAGACAGCUCUAAACUUGGUGCAGAUCCUGGCAUGCCUGUUGAAACUUCUUCAGAGGUGGGAGAAGCUACUAAAGUAGAAAAUAAUCGUAGCCCUGCAUAUCGCUGUAAGAAGUGCCGUCGUAUUGUUGCAUUGCAAGAACAUGUUGUAGAUCAUAUUCCUGGGGAGGGUGAGACAUCCUUUGGUUGGCACAAGCGGAAAAGUGGCAAUCCUUUUAACAAGUCUAAUGAAUCUGAGUGUUCGUCCAUAUUUAUUGAGCCUCUACGGUGGAUGAAAGAUGUUGAAGAAGGCGCGUUGGAGGGAAAGCUGUCCUGUGCUCAUUGUGAUGCCCGUUUGGGAUACUUCAAUUGGGCAGGCAUACAAUGCAGCUGUGGAAGCUGGAUAACACCAGCUUUUCAACUACACAAAAGUCGGGUAGAUAUAAGCCCUGUGUAAGUCUUGUUGCGCCACUUUAUACAUAUACUCAUUUCUCGAUAAGGGAAGCCACUUUUUCCGUUGUUCUUGGACUUGCAUUCUGCUCAAGUUUUCCAAGCUGCAAAUGAAGUUAUGGAAUGAAGUCUUGUUCAUCAUACCUGCUCAAGAUUUCGAGGCUAAACAAAUGCAGUUAUGGUUGAGAGGAUUGUAGUCUUGCAUCUUUUUUGCUCAAAAGUGUUCUGUCCACGUAGCUGGCUUUUUUCUAUAUAUUUUAUCUUCAAAUUUGUCUUUGGUUGAAAGAUAUCGGCUACAAGUUGAAAUCUUAUUUAUGUAUUGAUAGAUACAUCUACAAUGCCUGGAAUAUACAUUAAUUUUUAUUCAAAAGCAAUUGGAUCAGAACCUGAAUGUUGUAGUUGGGUCAUUA